UUUCAGAGUUGUAACAUUUUAUGUUCAACUAACAGUGCGACCUUCUAAACGUAAGAAAUUGAAGGGGAAGAUGAGAGAGGCGGUGGAGGGCGGAGGGCAGGCGUGAGGCGGGAGAGGACGCUGGUGAGACUUGGCGGAAAUGAGCCGGCCCGGCGUGACCUUGCCUUCUGGCUAAAACAGAGAAAACAUCCAAAAAAGCCCGACUUGAAUGGAGGACAAUGACAGCAGCCCUACAUGAGCUCCACGUCCCCGUGCCCCCCCUCCUUCUGUGCAGUCACGAGCAGGUUGCAGCACUCCUGAGCAGGUCCGACUCCACCCGCUGGGACAAAGAGACUGAAUGGAGUUCACUUCCUCCGUUCAUUCAGCUAUCGAACCAACACGCCCAGGUGGUGAGACAGAUGCACAGAGUAUGAAGCGUCCCGUCAGCCAGUCAGCCCUGCCAAGCGCCGAGCCGGACGCACCGGAUGCCGGUGACAUGGACAUCGAGCGUUGUUCCCACGCUGCAGUGGUAAAGAGGUCAUCACAAGGGGGCGCCCUGCUCCCUCCCUCCUCGCAGCAGAGGCCCAAACGGGACCGCAAGCAGCGCAGCUACACGCUCUGCGACGUCUGCAACAUCCAGCUGAACUCAGCGGCGCAGGCGCAGAUCCACUACAACGGCAAGUCUCACCAGAAGAGGCUCAAGCAGAUCAGCGUCGGCGGCAAGACGAGCCCCAGCAGCACAGGUACAUCGGGACAGGGGGGGCCUCUCCUCGCCUCGCUGCCUGUAGGGGGACGGCCGCUACAACCUCAGCUGGACCUCAAACAUCUCCUGCCCUUCCGGCUCAACGGGUCCUCCCCCCUCAGCCUCUUCCCCAACUUCAACACAAUGGACCCCGUCCAGAAGGCGGUGAUCAACCACACGUUUGGCGUCCCUCAGCCCCUCAAGAAGAAGCAGAUUAUCUCCUGCAAUAUUUGCCACUUGCGCUUUAACUCCACGAACCAGGCGGAAGCUCACUAUAAAGGCCACAAGCACGCACGCAAGCUCAAAGCCAUCGAGGCCCAGAAGAACCGGCAACGACGGGCGGGGGAGGCUUCAUCCGGCGGGAGGGACAGAGACAGAGACAGAGAGCGGGACAGGACCAAGAUGGCCGAAACGGCGAUACCUGUCGUCGUGGACUCAAGCAUAGAGGAGGGAACAAGUCUUCAGUCCGACCUGGACGCGGCCACCUCGGAAGUGAAAAUGGAGCACAGUCCCAGGAGCUCCGUCAUGCUCACGCCGGUGUCAGACGUCUCCGCGGCCGAGCUGGUCACUCUCUCCCCUCCUCAGAUCUCCGAGACGGCGUCCGACACCAGCGGCCCAGAGGCACCGGAUGCCACCGAGACCGUUGUCUCCAGCGCCGAAUCGGGCAGCCAGGCGGACGCGGAUGCGUCCAGCGCCACCGGGGACGCCCAAGCCGACGAGGACGGCAAGAAGAGCAAAGCGCACCUCCACUGUCCUGUCUGCAAAGUGACGGUCAACUCCACCUCCCAGAUGGAAGCGCAUAACAGCGGCACUAAGCACAAACUGAUGCUGGAGGGUCAAAGCGUCCUGCCGCGGCGUCGCGGCAAAAUCGCCGCCGCUCGGGCCAGCUGCAAGAGCAAGAGGCUGGGCAGCAAAGGCAGCGUGGGCGUGUCCAGCAAGAACUUUCAGUGCGAAAUCUGCGAGAUCUUCGUCAACUCUGAGACGCAACUGAGCCAGCACAUGAAUAGCAGACGGCACAAGGACAGGCUGGCUGGAAAGCCUCCUAAGCCUAAAUUUACCCCCCACAGCAAGAGCCAGCCCAGCGCCAGCUUAGCGAGCAUGAGAUGGAGUGGCUGUGCAGGCGUGGCCGUGUCGGCCAUGAAGAAAGCCUUCAGCCACUACAGCCUCACCUCCCUCUCCUCGCAGACCAAACUGGCCUUGCAGAAGCAGCUGACCAAGAGCUUGACAGCGGGCUUCCUGCCCGGCCCCCUCACGCCGCCGACCCUGUGCACGGUGGCCGCUAACCCGCUGGCGCUGCGCCACCCGGUGGGCGCCGCCGCCACCGCCUUCAUACAGACACCCUUCCUGGGGCCCGCACUGUUCCGGCCCGCGCCGGGGCCUCUGCGGGCCGCGCACACGCCCAUCAUAUUUUCCCCCUACUAAACCCACACGACCCCCCUUCACUCUCCUCUUCUUACCCGGUCCACCCCGCCCCCCCCCUCUCCCACUCCUGUCUUGUGUGACCCAUGUGACAAAGGCCACACUCAAACUAUGCAGUCUGCCUGACUUAAGACGGACAGCGCCCCCAUCACGCCUUCUUCCUGCUGCGGUGGUCGCCAGCGAGGGAGCGGGACACGCCUCCACGGGCCCGCAUUUAUAGCCAUUCAUUGGGGGACGGGGGCGGUUGGGGGGGGGGGGGGGUACAGGGGGGGUACAUGCCCAGAUUGCGGCUGUACGUUUAGUCUAGUUGGACGUUUGUGUGGUCGACUUAAGACAAGCUCCCUUUACUUGAUGCCCUCUUUGAGCAUUUCUACAUUUUAUCAGUCAGACAUGGUGUUGUGUCCAUCCCGCCGCCACCCGUCAACCGCUCACGCACAAACACCGACACACCGUGACACACUGACGCAGGGGUUCCCAACCGUUUUGGCUAAAACUCAUUCAUUCAUUGCAGAAUUUCAUCAUCAACCCUUGAGGGAAACAAUAGUGGGGCAACAUGUGACCACGGUUUCUCUUUCUAAAGUAGAAUUCUAGUAUGUCAUCAUCACUAUGGGCAAGUUGUCCCAACAUUCUGCAAUAAUUGAUGCAUAGUUAGCAUGCAUGGUUAGCAUGUCGGCCAUUCACUGUGUUUAAUUGUUUGUUUAGUUAAAUGUUAGAUUAAAAAAUCUCAUGACGUAACUUAACAUGCCAUCCCUUUCAAAUGCAACACGUUAUUGUCUAAUAUGGCCAUGACCGUGGCGUGUGCGUGCCGUUUCUAAACGCUUUGGGAGACCAAAAUGGAGUAGAAGAAUCUGUCGCUUCUUUUUUCUUUUGUUUCGUUAAUGUCACAAGCAAGAUGCGGCGGCAACACGUACUUUCGUGUUAGUCUCCAGGAGACUCCAAUAAAACCACAGAAAGUCGCUAGUUGUUUUUUUUUUUCUUGAAAAAAUAACCUAAAUACGAAGCAACAAAACACCGAUCCACCCUGCUCCGUCUUCUUAUUCCCCGACAGAGCAGGUGCAUGUGAGGUGUGUUAAGAAGCAGGGUUAGGAUGCCAUCUACUGGACGGAAUUGGAUCCUCAAGCUUCAGUCACAGCCAGUCCCAUUGUCGUUAUAACUGUCAUUUUAAUUGUCAUAUAACGUGCUUGAUGAUUGGUCGAUAAUCAGACUUUGCUUUUCAGUGUUUUAUGCGGAAUUUGCUUCUGUUUGUCUAAAAGGUUGGGAACCCCUGCAGCAACACACUGAUUACGGGGCAGAGGGAUUUUUUGUGUCAAGGCGGUGGGAGGAGUUUGAUUGGCAGCCGGAUGUGUGGGAGAGAGCAAAGCACAGCGCCAUAGCAACCACAUUUGAAAAAAAAAAAAAAAAAAAAGCACCUUAACACCAUGAAGCCAUAAUUGCUUUCUUUUCUUUGUGUUAUCAACGCUAUCAAAAUAUCCCAUGACAUUUAAAGCAAUACACACACACACACGCGCACACACACCUGAGGCCUCACCUUGCAUCCAUCAUAUCCUCUUAGUUUAGGCUCCGCCCCUUCUCCUCCCCAUCAAAGCAGACUGUUAGUAAGAACUCCUCCAAAACGAGCACCAAAUCACUUCCUAUGCAUUCUCAUUGUGCAAUAUGUAUAGUUGUGUGUGCGUGGGUGUGUGUGUGUGAGUGUGUGUGUCGUAAACAACCCAGUACUCGUGCUACUUUCAGCUCGCCAUGAUCUCCCACCUGUCCGUCAAAGCAGCCGGCCUCACUGUUUUUCUGGAGCAGCGUUCCCAAGUUUAAAUGUAAACCCAAUAGAGGAUCUAUUAGAACUUUUAUCAGAUUUAUUGUAUCAUAGUCAGUAGAUUCUAGCAAACCUCUCUCUCGGUGUCCUUUUUUUUUUCUAAGAGGAAAUAUUUAACUAAUAUUGAACUAAGCGUGUAAUUUAAGGCCGUUUUUUCGGGAUGAAAAAAAAAACAAAACAUAAAAGUAUGAAAUCCCAUAAGGCGGGCCUUCUCAGGGGUGACCAGGUUGAGCCAACGCUAACGCCGCCAUCCACAUUUCAGGGUAGCUCGUCCCUCGUUCAAGACAGCUGUACCGCAGCCGGCACAGCAGCGGAUGGAUUUUGGAAAAUAAAAGCUUUUAGAACUUCUUAAACGCUU